CUGAAAAAUUGUUCCGACCGGAAGUAUUGUAAUUUUAUAGAUACACCAACGGUAACAUGUGGUCCCGAGAAAAUAUCGAUAGAAGGACGAUCAGAGGAUCUUUUUGAGGGUGUGAUUUUUGUGAAGAAUUGGAGGAGAAUUAAUGGCUGCUCAGUUAACUAUACUCUUGGGGACAAUUCAACAAAUCCAAAGUUUUCGAUUGCUCUUAACAAAAUUGCUCAAUGCGGUCUCGAAUUAAGAAGGAAUGCUGAUUCGAAAGAUUUAGAGAUCUUCGCCAUAUUCGUAUUCAGCUUUCAUCCGAAUUUCGUCACGGCUGGCGAUAGGUCAUUCGCCGUCCAAUGUAUUUUCCUUCAACAGCAGAUUACUGUGGCUACAAAAUUUAAUUUUAUCUCGUACGUCAAGUAUAAACUUUUUAAAUUUCCCUAUUUCCAUAGAAGAUCAAUAAUAAGAACGAUGAAUUUUAGUGAUAUCAGCACGAAAGGGAUCAUCGGUGCAACAGCUGAAAUGCCAUCAACGCAGCUAACGAUCGUAGAAGGAAGAAUACCUGAUCAGACACUUCAACCAGCCCAUACUGUAAUGGUUGGACAACAACUUAUGUACAUUUGGCAUAUGCCUACCAGUUCAGAAAUUUAUGGUUUUCGAGUAAAAGAAUGUUUCGCGGAAGCGAAGGAUGGCCGUAAAACAAUAAUUAUCGAAGACAGUUGCUCGAUUGAUCCACUCAUCGUAUCUCACGUAAAGUAUUCCGAAAGCUUGGACAAGGCUUUUGCCGAUGGCUUAGCGUUCAAAUUCCCUGAUGCUGAUGACCUUUGGAUAACUUGCAUGUUACAAAUUUGUUUAAGAAAAUUUGAACAUCUCACUAUUCACAGCAAUAAUCUCUUGUUUUGCACAAUUCAACCAGUAAAAUUUUUUUAUAUCUUUUUUACCCUAAUGGCAAGUAACGAUAAUCUUUUUUUCAAAAUUUCAUUCUGUUUCAUUUUUUGA